AUGAGCACGAAACUCUUUUCAACAUCAGCAGUAGCGUAUAUCCUGAUUUUUGCUUCAAGUUUUGGCUCGAUAUUCGAUGAUGAAAACGAAAGUCAGGAAGCAUCUGCCGCAGAUUUGCUUGAGCUGUACGAUAGACAAAUGCAAGAAGCAUUUGGAGAGCUGAACCUUGGGAAAGAUUACUUUGAAGGUGACAUGCUAUUAACAAAGCACCAAAGAGACAGCAUCCAAAAGUAUUGGCAAGACACGGUCGAUAACACGCCAGUGGUGAGGGAUUUCCUGCAGAAUGGUUUUCUACAACUUUGGCUAAACAAUACGGUGCCAUACACCAUAGCACCAAAAAUGCGCGAGGCGAGUCUCACAAACAUUCGUGCAGCUAUCAAGGAAUGGCAAGACAAGCUUUGUAUCGUUUUCAAGGAGCGGAGGUUCGAGGAUGACUAUGUGGAGUUUGCAUAUGAGGGAGGUUGCUCUUCAAGUAUCGGCCGCAUUGGAGGUCGUCAAGUCGUAUCUGUGGGAUCUGUUGGAACCGAAUAUGCAGACAUGUCCUGCAGGUCUCCUACGCCUUACGGAAGCAACGUGACUAUCACUUGUAGUAAAGGGAGCAUAAUGCACGAGAUUGGGCAUGCACUUGGCUUCUACCACGAACAAAAUCGACCAGACCGUGAUAUGUACGUUACAAUAGUUUGGGACAAUGUGAUGCCGGGAUGUAGAGUCAAUUUUAGGAAAGAACGUUUUCUGACGAUUUAUGGGCAGGAUGUCCCAUACGACUACAAUUCGGUGAUGCACUAUGGUUCUUUUUUUUUUGCCCGUGAGAGAGGUAUGAGGACCUUACACGCAAAGGUUAAAGGUGUAAACAUUGGACAAAGAGAAAGACUAAGCUCUUUGGAUAUUCAGAAAGGACGGUUGCUAUAUCAGUGUGAUAGGGAAAGGGGAUCGACAGUGGUUGGAGUCAAGUAAUGUGAUGCAGAGUCCGGCCGGUCUUUGAUAAAACGUGUAAAAGAAAUCGAACAACCUGAAUUUGGAGUCACUUCAGACAUUGUGGAGCCUAUUAUGCAUGCGGAUUUAGG